AUGUCGCGCAUUUCGGAAACUAAGGAGGCUCAAAGUGAGUCUUAUUAUUUACCUCACCACGCCGUCUCCAAGCAAACAAGUACCACCACGAAAUUACGGGUGGUAUUCGAUGGUUCGGCAAAAACAAGCACGGGUAUAUCUUUGAAUGAUAGUCAAAAGGUAGGCCCAACAGUUCAGAGUGACCUCACGUCAAUUUUGAUUAGAUUCAGAACACACCGCUACGUUCUGUCCGCUGACAUAGCCAAAAUGUAUCGGCAGGUAUUAGUAGAUUCUCGCGAUAUACCGUUUCAGCGAAUUCUGUGGCGGACAGAUCCGCGAUCACCAAUAGAUUGCUAUGAGCUGAACACCGUCACUUACGGUACAGCGUCAACCUCGUUCUUGGCAACGCGCGUGCUCAAACAAGUGGGCUUAGAGUGCCGGUCAGAGUUCCCGCGUACUAGUAGGAUAAUCAUAAACAAUUUCUAUGUUGAUGAUUUGCUAACCGGGACAGAAACGAUUGAGAACGCGAAGGAGAUCAGGGAGGAAAUCUCUAAGAUAUUGGUAGCCUCCGGUUUUGAAUUACGCAAAUGGGCGAGCAACUGCUUGAAGAUCGCGGACGCAGAUAGUGAUAGGCAAUUUAAUAUAGACAAAGAUCCGAAAACUCUCGGUUUGAAAUGGUCGCCGGCGGAAGACCAGCUCAGCUACAACGUGCGACCAUCGGUUAAUAAACGUUACACCAAACGGACGGUAUUGUCGGAGAUUGCCGAGAUCUACGAUCCGUUAGGUUUAAUCGGACCAAUAAUAAUUCGAGCGAAAUUGAUGAUGCAAGAUCUCUGGCAAUUAAGGGUAGGUUGGGAUGAAUCCCUCCCACAGGGACUGCACACGAAAUGGACCGCCUAUCGUGAUGCGUUAGAACGAUUGCCAGAUAUCAAAAUUCCGCGAUGUGCAAAAAUUAGCGAGACAGAGAGUAUAGAUCUUCACGGGUUUGCGGACGCUUCGGAAGAGGCAUACGGGGCCUGCGUAUACCUGCGAACCCAAAACACAGCAGGGGUGCGCCAAGUCAGGCUACUGUGCUCUAAGUCGCGAGUCGCUCCUUUGAAAUCUCUAUCCCUUCCUCGCUUAGAGCUAUGUAGUGCAUUAUUGUUAGCGCGACUAGUGCAAGGGGUCAAGACAGCUUUGAAUUUGAUAUGCGAAAAUGAGUAUUAUUGGUCCGAUUCAAGAGUUGCACUCGCCUGGAUUCAGGGUCCGCCAAAUAGAUGGCAAACUUUCGUCGCGAACAGGGUGUCGGAGAUCCAGACAUUAUGCAAAGAUCACCAGUGGAGGCACGUACCCUCGGGCGACAAUCCCGCGGACAUACUCUCGCGUGGAACCAGUCCAAGCUCGCUACGGAUCAACUGA